ACCGACCCCGCCCACGAUAAAAACCGCAUCCUGCUGUUAAAGGGCCCCUUGCUAUGGGACGCCUUCAAUUGGAUCUUUGGACAUCAAGAGUUCAACAAAUGGCGCUAUACCAAAGAGAGCGGUGUCUUCUGGAUCAAGGGGGACCCCGGCAAAGGCAAGACAAUGCUACUCUGCGGCAUCAUCGAGGAUUUGGAUCAAAGUCCUCAAAAUGCCAACUUAAGCUAUUUCUUCUGUCAAGCUACGGAUUAUAGAAUCAACACCGCUUCUGCUGUGGUCGGCGGCUUAAUCAAAUCGUUGCUUAAGCGACAUCCGACACUCCUCUCGCGCAUUCGAGAGAAAUAUGCAGAUGAGGUCCAAGAUGAGCUGGAUGGAACCAACGCAUUAGUCAUUCUAUGCGAUAUCUUUGAGACCAUCACCAACGAUCCGGACUUGAAAGACAUCAUCUGUGUUGUUGAUGCACUUGAUGAAUGCAUAACGGACUGCAAAUAUCUUCUCGAUUUUAUCGUUAAAACAAGCGGUCAUGUCAAAUGGCUGCUUUCAAGCCGGAACGAAAAAGACAUAGAAAAGGGCCUCGAUCAAAUUCCACAAAGACUUGUGUUAGAACUGAAAGACAAUGCGGAGAAAAUAUCCACGUCCAUUGAAGCAUAUAUUCGCCACCAUAUUCAGGAAAUCAAAGCGUUGAAACAUGAUGAAGAACUUCAAGUAAAAACUCUUGAUAUUUUAAGCAGCAAGGCUCAGGGCACUUUCUUAUGGGUUGCACUCGUUGUUGAACAGCUACACGAUACAGACCGUUGGGAUAUCGAAAAUGUGCUGGAAGAAGUGCCGAAAGAUCUAGAGAGUUUUUAUGGUUUAAUAUUAGAUCGAACUGAGAGAUUGGGAGCGAGAGGCCAGGAAGUUUGCCGAGUCAUACUCUCAAUUAUCGCCACAGCCAAGAGGCCUCUACACCUUGAGGAGCUACUUAUUUUCACCAAUUCACAUUGGAAAAAUAGCAGCCACUUCAAAAAUACAUACCAACUACAAGAUAUACAAGACAUGACGAAAACUUGUGGAUCUAUUUUAUCUAUAAGAGAAGAUACUGUCUACUUUAUCCACCAGUCAGCCAAGGAUUAUGUCAUGGAGAAUGCAGCCCAGCGCAUUUUCCCUAUUUUACAUCAACAUUACAAAAUGUUUGAGGCUUCAUUAGAUGCCAUGUCAAAAAUCCUCGAAUACAACAUGUAUUGUUUAGAAGAUCCUGCAAUACAUAUAGACGAUGUGCCCCACAAGGACGUCGGCUCUGAUCCGGUUACUUCCAUACGAUACUGCUGCGUAUUCUGGGUUGAGCACCUAGUAUCGGGCUACCAAUUUGAAGGAUUCGAUUACCAGAAAUAUCUGAAAGACGAUAAAAAACUUCAUCUCUUUCUCAAGGAAAAAUUUCUUUGUUGGGUAGAAUCCUUGACCCUCAUGCGUAACUUUUCCCCACAGGCUCAGAUUGCUCUUCAGAAGCUCAAGGAUCUUAUUGACUGCUAUUGUUGCAGCGGAAAGAAUGAUGAGACUGUCCAAGCUGCACAAUUACAGAGAAAUAUUGAAACAUACGGCUUGAGACAUUUCGUCUAUGAUGCUUAUCGAUUUGUCCGAAAUAGUAUAGAGUCUGUAGCUCACUGGCCCCUGCAACUUUACUUUUCAGCCAUAAGUUUUGAACAGCACAACACUACUAUCCGAAAUGUUUUUGAACAGACUGUACGCAAAAGAUUCGGGCCCUCGCCUAUCCUCACAAUUGAAACGCAAAGUUAUAAUGACUGCAUCAAGAUUUGGAGCGGAGAUGAUGGCCAACUGGUCCAUAUUCUCAAUGAGGAAUCUGGGUUGUUUGAUAUAGACGAUUGCUUGCCUACUUUUUCGCCAGAUUCAAAACUAUUAGCUUGUUUUAAUUACUCGUCUAAAAUUCGAAUAUGGCGUUUGACUACUGGCAAGCCUAUUUUCUUAUUUAAAGGUACGGGCAGGAGGAAAAUUUCGUCAAUAGCCUUGUCGAACGAUCCAAAAUGUCUAAUUGCUGGUACCAGCAAUAGUGAGAUAUGCAUUUGGCGCAUUGACUCUGGCCAACUUAUCUACCGAUACGAU